GUUGCCAGUUUCCCUUCUUCUCCCUGAACUGAAUAUAAAAAUCCCUAAUUCCAGCGCACAUAAACCCUUUCCCUGCCACUCUUAUCUCGCUCUUAUCCCUCUGUUAUUGACGUCACAGUAACUCUCUUUGAUCUAUAUUCCAUUCCAUUGGUGUUUAUUCCGAUUUCAUUUCGCUUUCUUUUUAGAAUGAUGGACGGAGUUCAUGGCGGUAUGGCGAGUUCUGCGGUGGCGAAUGUGAAUUCUCCGCCGCCAUUCCUCAGCAAGACCUAUGACAUGGUCGACGACCCUUCCACAAACUUGGUGGUCUCAUGGAGUGAUAAUAACAACAGCUUUGUUGUUUGGGAUGUGCCCGAAUUCGCUAGGGACAUCUUGCCCAAGUAUUUUAAGCACAACAAUUUCUCCAGCUUCGUCAGGCAAUUGAAUACUUACGGUUUUAGAAAGGUUGAUCCAGACCGCUGGGAAUUUGCAAAUGAAGGAUUUUUGAGAGGUCAGAAACAACUUUUGAAGGGUAUCAGUCGGAGGAAACCUGCUCAAGUGAACGGUAGUCAACAGCAAUCUCCGGCACAGAACAAACCUGUUGCGGCAUGUAUUGAGGUUGGAAAGUUUGGGCUUGAAGAAGAGGUUGAAAGAUUGAAAAGGGAUAAGAAUGUUCUUAUGCAAGAACUUGUCAGGUUGAGACAACAACAACAAGCAACUGAUAACCAAUUGCAAAGUGUUGGGCAACGUGUACAGGUUAUGGAGCAGCGUCAACAACAAAUGAUGUCAUUUCUGGCAAAGGCCAUGCAAAGCCCAGGAUUCUUGGGACAGUUUGUACAGCAGCAUAGUGACAGUAACAGACAUAUUACUGGUGGCAAUAAAAAGAGGAGGCUUCACAGGCAGGAUGAAGGUACAUUACCCUCUGAUCAUCUCUAUGAUGCUCCUGAUGGACGUGUUAUUAAAUAUCAACCUUCUAUGAAUGAGGCUGCAAAAGCAGUAUUGCGCCAGAUAUUGCAGAUGAAUACUUCUUCAAGGAGGGAAUCAUCAAUAAAUAACUCCGAUGCUUUUCUCAUUGAUGAUGUUCCUUCUGCCAUUGCAUUAGAUAGUGGGAGUUCCUCUAGCCGGGCUUCAGGAGUGACUCUUUCUGAGGUUACACCUACUUCUGGCCCGUCUUAUAUGGCAGGGCAAUCACAAUUGCCUGUUAAUCGUACUCCCACCAACACAUCUGAGAUGCAAUCUUCCGGUGCUGUGUUGACAGACCCUGUUAAAGUAGCUGAAUUUCCAGGAUUAAAUUUACAUAAUUGCCCAGAGAAUGUUUUGGGUAUUGGUGAAGUCCAAGGUGUGGAGACAGAGAGCAGUUUAGUGAAUCCUGAACUCACUUUUGCGGGGCCUGACACUGGGAAUGCGGGGGACAUAGACAUGAUGUCAGCAGUUUUGGAUGGGACACAGUCUGUAGAAUUAGAAACUGAUGCCUUUUCACCUGAUCCAGAUGGAAUUUCUAAGCUCCCAAGCAUUAGUGAUGUUUUCUGGGAACAGUUUCUCACAGCAAGUCCGCUUACAGGCGAUACAGAUGAAAUCAGUUCUUGCUCUCUUGGAGAUGGUUUGACUAAGGAAGGCGAAGUUCCAUCUAGAAGGGAGAAUGGACAGGAAAAGUUGGAUAAGAUAAAACAUAUCGAUCAUCUUACUCAACAGAUGGAACUUCUUGCUUCCAAAACUUCCUAAUUGUAUUUAUGUUUCUUGCCGAGAAAGCUGAGCAGAACAAAGUCAUCCACAUCUACAAAAAGACACCUGACAGAUAUAACCAAAUUCUGAGAAUACUCUUCCCUCCCAUUUGCUUAUCUGCUUUGUGUUGUGUUCUGUUUGGCAAAAAUCUGACCAAACUUAAAUGAACUAUAGCCCUAUUUGUAGUUUGAUAAAUUGUGUGCUCAAUUCCCAGACUAAUUAGGCCGCCCUCUGCCUCCUUCUCUUAAACGGUUGUAAUAUUUUAUUUCGGUGGGUAAUGUUGCGCUUUAAUGUUGUUUCCCUA